CACUCAAACAUGGCGAUGUCCUCAGCACUCACGCCGCUGCGGGCUCUGGUGUCUCUCAGGAGUAAAACUCUGGAAAUUAAUAAAGAUAUCAGGUCGAGAUGGGCUUUUAUUCGUCAGUACAGGUCUAAACCCGAUGUCGUCCAUACACGUCGUCAUUCUCCGCCGGAAACUAUCAAUAAAGCUCAUCCAGAUUAUCUUCACGCCAAAAACCUGCUGUACAACACGCUGUCCAGAUCGGUGGGUCUGUCUAAUGUUUCUCAGUACCUCAAGUUCAGCUGUACGGAUGGAGAGGUCAAGAGGGCCACAGUUACUCUUCUUUGGCCCGUGAGGAUCGAGACCGAGGGCUUCGGGUCCCGCAAACAGGAGGCGGAGCGAAACGCAGCGGCUGCAGCUCUGGAGAAACUCCGCGAGCUGGGAGUUUGUGCUCCAGGAAAGCGGCGGCAGGAAGCAGGAAUGCCGAAAAUGAAAGACAGAAAGACAUCCCUGUUGGACGAUGUGGAAGAAAAUCAUCUCCAAUCUCUGCCCAUCCAGAAGAAAACCCAGACGGACAGAGCUCACGGGCUAAUAGAAGAGGAUUCGAGACUGUCAGAGGCGCUGGCCAUCUUCUCACGGCCGAGGACUCUUCUGGGUAGUGUUAUUCAGGUGGCCACGUCCUCCUGUAGAGUCAGGGAUCUGCUUCAGUACAAGACCAGCGGUGGUAAAGUGAAAGUGUGUGAGCUGAAUGUCCUCUGGCCGACACCCAUGACCUUCACUGCUAGUGGACGCCGCAGACUGGAGGCGGAGGCCAACGCUGCAGCACUGGCCUGUCUGAAGCUCAAGGAGCUGAAUCUGCUGGAUGAGCAGAAUAAGCCUCUGACCCACGCCCGGUACCAUCAGGAUCAGGUUCGAGAGGCCGGAGAAAGACACCGACAGCCCUGCCGGAUGCAGAUCCCAGAGCAGCUAGAGCUCAGGAUACAGCAGUACCUCUCACAGUAUCCAGUGGAAGCGGAGGUUCAGAAGCUGUGGGAUGAAGAGGAGCAUCAGUCGUCCUCCAUCAGUACAGCUGCAGAUGAUUAUGAUGAAGAUGAGUUUAUAACAGACGCCAUCACUAGUAAACCGUACCGCGCUCUGCAGCCCCAGGAGGCGGAGCGUCUCAGUCAACGUCUCCUCGGUAUGUGGAAGAGGGCGGGGCCUGCCCGGGGGGUGGAGCUACCCGUGGACACCUAUAAAGAGAGGAUUCUGGAGGCAGUGAGGUCUUCACAGGUGGUGGUGAUUUCAGGAGAGACUGGCUGUGGGAAAACCACACGAAUACCACGGUUCCUGCUGGAGGAUGGAGUUCUGAGGGGAGAAGGGGCAGAGUGUAACGUGCUGGUGACACAGCCGCGGAGGAUCAGUGCGGUGUCUGUGGCCCAGCGGGUGGCGCAUGAGAUCGGGCCUGCACUGCAACACUGUGUGGGAUACCAGGUGCGUCUGGAGUCACGUCCGCCGGAGCGCAGUGGUGGCGCUCUGCUGUUUCUGACUCUCGGCGUGCUCCUGAAGAAGCUGCGGUCGAACCCACGUCUGGAGGGCAUCAGUCACGUGCUGGUGGAUGAGGUGCACGAGCGGGACGUGCAGACGGAUCUGCUACUGCAUCUGCUGCGCUGCGUGCUCUCCCUGCGGCCGGAGCUGAAGCUGCUGCUCAUGAGUGCCAGCGGGGACUCGCAGAGACUGUCACAGUAUUUCGGUGGCUGCCCGGUGCUGCGAGUGCCCGGCUUCAUGCAUCCGGUGCGGGCUCGGUUUCUGGAGGACCUGCAGCUGGAGAGCAGACGCCCACUGCUGGAUACGGGUGUCACACAGUGGAGCGCUGAGAAGAAAGAAAAUAAUGUUGUUCCUGAUCUGGAUCUGGUGGCGCACGUGAUUGACCAUAUUCACCGCACUGGAGAGCCAGGUGCCGUGUUGUGUUUUCUGCCUGGAUGGCAGGAGAUUAAAGCUGUACAGCAGCAGCUGGAGGAAAAACAGGCCUACAGGUCCGGCUCGCAGAUCAUUUUACCAUUGCACUCCAGUAUGGCGGUGUCGGAGCAGCAGGUUGUUUUCCAGCGUCCUCCAGUCGGCCAGCGGAAGAUCGUUCUGGCCACAAACAUUGCCGAAACCUCCAUCACAAUCGACGACAUCGUGCAUGUGGUGGAUGCAGGAGUGCAGAAGGAGCAGAACUACGACCCCAGAACUAAGGUCUCUGCCCUGAACACUGUCUGGAUAUCACAAGCAAACGUGACUCAGAGAAGAGGACGAGCUGGACGCUGUCAGCCUGGACAUUCUUAUCAUCUUUUCCCCAGAAAGCAGCUGGAGCGCAUGGAGCCGUUCCCUGUGCCGGAGAUCCUGCGCACUCCUCUAGAGAGUGUGGUGAUGCAGGCCAAGAUCCACUGCCCCGAGAGUAAAGCUGAGGAUUUCCUGUCUCAGGUGCUGGACUCUCCGGACACUCAGGCAGUGAGAACCGCUGUGAAGAACCUCAUGGAUAUUGGUGUGCUGGACGCGUCUGAGGAUCUGACUCCUCUGGGUCAUCACGUGUCCUGCAUGUCGUGUGAUCCACGUCUGGGGAAGGUGUUGGUGUUUUCGGCUCUGUUCUCCUGUGUUCAGCCUGUGCUCUCAGUGGUGGCCUGUCUGACCCGAGACCCCUUCUACAACAGCCUGCAGAACCGCUCGCUCGUCGCCAAGGCGAAGGCGGAGCUGAGCGGCUCGAGCGGCAGUGAUUAUCUGGUGUUCAGUCGUGUUGUUCAGAGCUGGAGAGAGCAGCACAGCAGAGACAGCAGACAGGACUAUCUGGACAAACACACACUGUCUGGAGCCAGUCUGCGCUUCAUACACGGCCUGAUGCAGCAGUUCAGUGAUAAUCUGUGUGAGGCGGGUCUGGUGGAUCAUUCAGUAGAGUGUUUGAGGCUCUCGUCUCCUGUGAACCAGCAGAGCAAAGAAGAACAGCUGAUCACUGCAGUACUGCUGGCCGGACUCUACCCUAACCUCAUACAGGUGAAGAAAGGCGUCGUGACCAAAUCUGGAAGGUUUCGAGCAGAGAACGUGUCGUUUCGCACUGAGAGCGGGCCUGUGCUGCUGCACCGCUCCUCCGUCAACAGGGAUAAGCAGCACCUGUGGAGUCGCUGGCUCACCUUCUUCUCUGCAGUGAAGUCCAGCGGUCAGGUGUUCAUCCGAGACUCGACUGUGGUGCAUCCGCUGGCACUGCUGCUGCUCACAGACUGUGACCUCAGCGAGAGAGUUGUGGGAGAUCGUGUGGAGGUUGCGUUGCCAGGUCCCGCACUGAUCCGAUGGGAGUUUUCUCCUCCUGUGUGGGAGUUACUGUGGGAUCUGCGCGCUUCAAUACAGGCUAUGAUCUACCGCAAACUCCGUCAGUCUGAAUGUAAAUCCAGCUCAGACCAGUGGAAGGACAGUCAACUGAUAGAUUUAUUAGUGGAUCUCCUGAAUAACACUGAUCCUGGCGAGAGCAGAGAUCAGGAGAAUGGACUGAACUCUAGCAAUGCUGAAAAUGUUGAAGCUGACAGCUGAUAGUGCGCGUGUGUGUGUGUGUGUGUGUGUGUGUGUGUGUGUGUGUGUGUGUGUGUGUGUGUUACUGUAAAUGAAUAGAGAAAUGUGUUUUUACAUUCCAGAAAAACACUUCUGAAGAUGCUCUUGGUUAAAACUGCACUACUGUGGCUCAAAUCAGCUUUAAAGGGAUAGUUCACACCAAAAACAAUGUCAAUUCUGUCAUUAUUUACUCUUAGCUUGCUUCAAAACCUUUACGAGCUUCUUUCUUCUGUUGAAUAUGACAGACGAUCUGUUAGAAACUGGUAACCAAUGACAUCCACUGUUUUUCCUACUAUGAAAGUCAAUGGUUACCGGUUUUCAGCAUUAUUCAAAAUAUCUUCUUUUGUGUUCAGCAUAGAUAUUUUGAUUACUAUGAAGAUACUUGGAAGAAAGCUGAAAACCGGUAACCAUUGACUUCCAUUGUUUUGUUUUUUCCUUCUAUGGAAGUCAGUGGUUACCAGUUUUCAACAUUCUUCAAAAUAUCUUCUUUUGUGUUUAACAGACAGAUAUUUUGAAGAAAGGUGAAAACCGGUAACCACUGACUUUCGUUGUUUUUUUUUUUUUUUUCCUAAUAUGGAAGUCAAUGGUUACCGGAUUUCAGCGUUCUUAAGAAUAUCUUCGUAACCAUCAAAAUAUCAGAUAUUUUGAAGAAAGGUGAAAUUAACUAUUUACUUAACUAUUGACUUUCAUAGUAAAGCAAUGGAAGUCGAUGGUUACUGGUUUUUAACAUUUUUCAAAACCUCUUCUUUUGUGUUGAACAGACAUAUAUUUUGAUGAUUAUGAAGACAUUUUGAAGAAAGGUAAAAACCAUUGACUUCUAUUGUUUUUCCCUACUAUGAAAGUCAAUGGUUACCGGUUUUCAACAUUCUUCAAAAUAUCUUCUUUUGUGUUCAACAGAUAGAUGUUCUGAUGGUUAUGAAGAUAUUUUGAAGAAUGCUAAAAACUGGUAACCAUUGACUUCUAUACUAGAAAAAAACAAUGGGGGUCAAUGGUUACCGGCUUCCUUCAAAGUAUCUAUGUUGAACAUGGAAGAUAUUUUAAAUAAUGCUGAAAACCAGCAACUGUUGAUUUUCAUAGUAGGAAAAAACAAUAAGGUCAAUGGUUACUGGUUUUCAGCAUUCUUCAAAAUCUCUUCCUUGUGUUUAACAGAAGAAAUCGACUCAUAAAGGUUUGGAAGACAGUAAAUUGAGUAUAUUUAGAUUUUUGGGUGAACGGUCCCUUUGGGAAUGUACUUGUGUAUGUUGGAGCAUGUUGAGUCAAACAAUGACAUAAAUAAAAAGGAUAUAUUUAUUAAG